ACUCUUUAAUAACUGGAGGAAAUGACAGGUGUGUGCCCAAAACCUGCAAGUGUCUCACACAUGGCCACUUCCAGGAGAGCAGAUGAUGUCUGUCCUGACAGGGGACUCUUGCUUGGUUUCUGCUCUGAAGAUGAGUGAGGAGCUGUUGCAGAAGUCCAGGGAAGACAAGCUCAACCAGAAGGGUGGAAGUGGAUUGGAAGGGGAGCAAACUGAAUGUGCUGGGAGAUUGCUGUGGAUGCAAGAAGAACACAAAUCAAGGAUGGAGCUACCAGCCAUCCCUGAAUGCAGGCUCCGAUGAGCCCAGGCUCUGUGGAGAUGAGUGCUUGGAGCAGGAGGUGGCUGCCUGGCAGCCUGCUCCAGCCCUCAAGGCACCCACAGGCAGGUGGACAUUGUGGAGCUUGCUCCGAGGCGGCUGGGGCGACCCACUUGCCCAGUCCCAUCGUGGGGUGAGGUGCAGUGACGGCAGAUGGGCGUGGCAGCUGCCAGACUCCCGAGGCCCGCCUGCUGUGGGGCUACGCCCAGCCAGGGAGUCUCCAGAGGUGAGGUUGUUGUUUAAAACCUGGGCGCCAAGAGAGGAGACCCCCACAUUUCAAGGGAGCUCUCUGAGACACCGUUGGAGAAGGAACAGCAGCAGUGAGGGCCAGGUGAGGAGUCUUGGGGGGGAUCACCCGCCGGCUGAUGAUGAGGGCACUCUUCCUCCUGUGUUUUGCCUUGCCUGGCCUCCUGCGUGCUCAAAGGGCCUGCUCCCGAGGGGCCUGCUACCCUCCUGUCGGAGACUUGCUGAUCGGAAGGACCCAGUUCCUCCGCGCUUCUUCUACCUGUGGGUUGACCAAGCCUGAGACCUACUGCACCCAGCAUGGAGAGUGGCAGAUGAAAUGUUGCAAGUGCGACUCCAGGCUGCCUCACAAUUACAACAGUCACCGGGUGGAGAAUGUGGCUUCGUCCUCAGGCCCCAGGCGCUGGUGGCAGUCACAGAAUGAUGUGGUUCCUGUCUCUCUGCAGCUGGACCUGGACAGAAGGUUUCAGCUUCAAGGCAUCAUGAUGGAUUUUCAGGGGCCUGUGCCUGCAGGCAUGCUGAUCGAGCGCUCCUCAGACUUCGGCAGGACUUGGAGGGUGUACCAGUACCUGGCGGGUGACUGCACCUCUGCUUUCCCUCAGGCCCACCAGGGCCAGCCCCAAAACUGGCGGGAUGCCCGGUGCCAGGCCCUGCCCCAGAGGCCUAAUGGGCACCUCAAUGGUGGGAAGGUCCAGCUUAACCUCAUGGAUUUGGCAUCUGGGAUUCCAGCGACUCAAAGUCAAAAAAUUCAAGAGUUGGGAGACAUUACCAACCUGAGAAUCAACUUCACCAAGCUGGCCCCGGUGCCCCGGAAGGGCGCCUACCCCCCCAGCGCCUACAUCGCGGUGUCCCGGCUGCGUCUGCAGGGCGCUUGCUUCUGUCACGGCCACGCCGACCGCUGUGCCCCCAGGCCGGGAGCGGGCCCCGCCUCCGCCGUGCAGGUCCACGAUGUCUGUGUUUGCCAGCACAACACUGCUGGCCCGCACUGUGAACGCUGUGCCCCCUUCUACAACAACCAGCCCUGGAGACCAGCACAGGACCAGGAUACCCAUGAGUGCCAAAGGUGUGACUGCAACGGGCACUCGGAGACCUGUCACUUUGACCCAGCUGUAUUUGCUGCCAGCCAAGGGGCACACGGAGGUGUGUGUGACAACUGCCGGGACCACACGGAGGGCAAGAACUGCGAGCGAUGUCAGCUGCACUAUUUCUGGAACCGGCGUCCAGGUGCUCCCAUCGAGGAGACCUGCAUCCCCUGCGAGUGUGACCCGGAUGGGGCGGUGCCCGGAGCGCCCUGCGACCCCGUGACGGGGCAGUGUGUGUGCAAGGAGCACGUGCAGGGGGAGCGCUGCGACCUGUGCAAACCAGGCUUCACCGGACUCACUCAUACCAACCCGCAGGGCUGCCACCGCUGUGACUGCAGCAUCCUGGGGUCCCGGCGGGACAUGCCGUGUGAUGAGGAGACGGGGCGCUGCCUGUGUCUGCCCAACGUGGUGGGCCCCAAGUGCGACCAGUGUGCUCCCAACCACUGGAAGCUGGCCAGCGGCCGGGGCUGCGAGCCGUGCACCUGUGACCCUCACACCUCCCUCAGUUCCCAGUGCAACCAGUUCACAGGGCAGUGCCCUUGUCGGGAGGGCUUUGAUGGUCUGAUGUGCAAUGGCGCUGCGGCCAUCCGCCAGUGUCCCGACCGGACCCAUGGUGAUGUGGCCACAGGAUGCCGAGCCUGUGACUGUGACUUCCAGGCAACUGAGGAUCCAGGCUGUGACAAGGUCUCUGGCCACUGUCUCUGCCUCCCUGGCUUCACCGGGCGCCGCUGUGACCAGUGCCAGAGAGGCUACUGUGACCGCUACCCAGUGUGUGUGGCCUGCCACUCUUGCUUCCAGACCUAUGACGCAGACCUUCAGGAGCAGGCUGGGCGCCUCAAUAGACUCCGCAAUGCUACCACCAGCCUGUGGUCCCGGCCAGGUCUGGAGGACAUGGGCCUGGCCUCCCGAAUCCUGGGUGCCAAGAGCAAAGUGGAGCAGAUCCGAGCACUUCUGGGUAGCGCCUCGGUCACAGAACAGGACAUGGCCCAGGUGGCCAACAGCAUCUUCUCCCUCAGGCGGACUCUCCAGGGCCUGCAGCUGCAUCUGCCCCUAGAGGAAGAGAUUCUGGCCCUCCCCGGAGAUCUGGAGAGUCUGAGCAAGAGCUUCAAUGAUCUCGUCAUUAUAUAUCAGAACAAAAGGACACAGUUCGAAAAGAUAAGCAGUGCUGAUCCUGCAGGGGCCUUACGGAUGCUGACUGAAGCCCAUGAGCGGUCAUCCCAGGCUGCUCAGCAGGUUUCCGACAGCUCCGGCUCACUGCGCCUGCUCAGGGACAGCCGCAGAGAGGCAGAAAGGCUGGCUGGGCAGACGCAAGGAGGAGGAGGUGCCGGGGGGCCUGAGCUCGCUGCCCUGCGCAUGGAGAUGGCUUCCUUGCCUGACCUGACACCCACUAUCAACAAGGUCUGUGGAAGCUCCAGGCAGGUAGCCUGCACCCCAGGACUGUGCCCUGGUGAGCUGUGUCCCCAUGACAAUGGCACAGCCUGUGGCUCCCUGUGCAGGGGCGCCCGCCCCAGGGCUGGAGGGGCCCUCCAGAUGGCUGGACAGGUGGCCGAGCAGCUGCGGGCCUUCAGCUCGCAGCUUCAGCAGACCCGGCAGAUGAUCAGGGCGGCUGAGGAAGCCGCCUUGCAGGUUCAGUCCGAUGCCCAGCGCCUGGAGACCCAGGUGAGCACCAGCCGCUCCCAGGUGGAGGACGAUGUCAGACGCACACGGCUGCUCAUCCAGCAGGUCCGUGACUUCCUCACGGACCCUUCUACAGAUGCAGCCACCAUUGAGGAGGUCAGCAAGGCUGUGCUGGCUCUGUGGCUGCCCACAGACUCAGCAACCGUUCUGCGGAAGAUGAAGGAGAUCCAGGACAUUGCAGCCAGGCUGCCCAAUGUGGACCUGGUUCUGGCCCAGACCAAACAGGACAUUGCCCGGGCCCGGAGGCUCCAGGCUGAGGCUGAGCAGGCCAGGAUCCGUGCCCACUCUGUGGAAGGCCAGGUGGAGGAUGUGGUUGGCAACCUGAGGCAGGGUGCAGUGGCGCUUCAGGAAGCUCAGAACACCAUGCAAGGGACUGGCCGUGCCCUGCGGCUGAUCCAGGACAGGGUUGCUGAGGUUCAGCAGGUCUUGGCACCAGCGGAAGGGAUAGUGAUGGGCAUGACAGAGCAACUGGGCGGCUUCCAGGCACGGAUGGAGGCGCUCCGGCGCCAGGCCCAGCAGCAUCGGGCACAGGCAGCCCAGGCCCAGCAGCUCGCGGAGGGCGCCAGCCAGAGAGCCCUGAGCGCGCAAGAGGGAUUUGAGAGGAUCAAACAGCGGUAUGCGGAGCUGAAGGACCGGCUGGGCCGAAGUCCCACGCUGGGUGAGCAGGGCAGCCGCAUUCACAGUGUAAAGAUGGAAGCUGAGGAGCUGUUCGGGGAGACCGUGGAGAUGAUGGACAGGAUGCAAGACAUGGAGUCGGAGCUGCUGCGGGGCAGCCAGGCCAUUGUGCUGCGCUCGGCAGACCUGGCAGGGCUGGAGAAGCGCGUGGAGCAGAUCCGGGACCACAUCAAUGGGCGUGUGCUCUACUAUGCCACCUGCAAGUGACCUCUGCCCAGUCCUCGACCACUCCUGCUCUGGGGGCACCUGGGGCUGGGCUGCAUCCAGGAGACUCUGCUGCACCACCUGCUGUGCAGCUUGGGCCCAAAUGUGCAGCUCUCACCCGGACAGUCUCGAGCCCAGGCCGGGGGCGCUGCGUGUGUGGGACAGGCGGCAGGGUGGACCUGUGCCUGGCUGGAAACUCUCGAGCUGAGGGGCUGGGGGAGCAGUAUUUGCACAGUGUCCUCCAGUAUGGAGGAUCCUGGACCAAUAAAAACCUUCACCAAAAAUGGUAUACAGAUGAAAAAGCCCAAUAAAAAUCCCUGGAAAGGAAUCUGCAAGUUC